GUCUAGUGACCAACCCUGAAUGUCUCUUCAAAGCGUAUCUUAUCCAUAGUCAUGUUGAAUGCAGCAGUUUUACUUAAUUGAAGAACUGUUCCUUUUACCUAAUUAAAGGAUUUGAAUUUACUGGGUAUAUUUACAUAUAACAUUGGAGAGCACUGACCAGAUUACUUUCUAGGUUUCCUGAAGCAAUGAUGUGCAGAGACUCUUCAAGCAACAGGGGCAAAAAAGUAAAAAAGAUCACCUUUACUGUCCACAGGGCAAAGGUUAUACUAACUUUAGGGAUACUUGAACCAAUCAGAAAGUCAGGGAUGUUCGACCCCUCUUGACUGAGAGUCUAUAACUCAACGACUGUCAAACCACAGGAAGAGGAAGUUCUGACCUACAUUAUAAUUAAGCUGCAUUCAGUCUGACGCUCAGACAGUCAGCAGCAAGACAGCAUGGAGGUCACAGCUCUCUGCUUCAGACUGUUGAUGCUUGAAAUCAUUCAGCUGGGGACGCAAGUUCAGGAAAGUGAUGCAGCUUUUCUUCGUAUCACUCCAAACAGACUGCAGCACUUUCAGUUUGACUCAGUUUCUCUCGACUGUGUUGGGUUUAAUGACUCGACUCAGUUGAGAGUGAUCAAGAAUACUGAGGGAUUUACACCAGCAUGUGUUAUUAAGAGGACGUCAACAGGGUCCUUCUGCACCCUUGAUAGAGCCUAUCCUGAAGAAAGUGGAGAAUACUGGUGUGAGACUGAUGGAGGAGAGAGAAGCAACAGUGUCAACAUCACUGUCGCUGCUGGUUCUGUGAUCCUGGAGAGUCCCGUCCGUCCUGUGAUGGAGGGAGACGAUGUGACUCUGCGCUGCAGAAACAAGGCAAACUCCGCCAACCUCCGAGCUGAUUUCUACAAAGAUGGCGUCCUCAUGAAGAGCACUGCAGCAGCAGAGAUGACCAUUAACAAUGUUUCCAUGUCUGAUAAAGGACUCUACAAGUGCACCUCUGAUGUUGGAACAUCACCAGAGAGCUGGUUGGCUGUCAGAGUCUUUGCAGCACAUCACAAAGAUACUCAGUGCUCUUCCUCAGACGACACCUCAGAUCAGUCCUAUCAUAUUUACCUCGUCUUAAGGACUGUGUUCACCAUUUUGAUGGUGGCUCUGCUGUUGCUGCUGGUGGGACUACUUCACUGUGGGAAACUCAAAGUUACAUUAAAAUAACAGAUACCUGCUCACAUGUAAAGGUAGCUGCCAAAGUAAGGAUGAUGCUGGAAUGAUUUUUAUCUUGUAAGAUAGUUUGGUCACAAUGUUAAUGAAUUAGGAAACAUGAUUAAGCGAUUUGGGUUUGACGUCCCUUCAGCAGAGUUAACAUGAGGGCAGUAAGCAUGCAUUGUCUCUUCUGUUCCUGGUGAACCAUCACACUUUAAAUACACUAUUAUGGUGUUUUGUUUAUUUUUUCAUUUUAUUUCUCGUGUAUAGUUCUUAUAUGUUUAUUGGUUGGUAGGAUUGCCUAAUUGUGUACCAGUAAGUUUUAUGAGCACGUACGAAACACUGUGGCGGCUUUCAUCAAGCAAAUUAGCUACAUAAGCUGUUAGACUUGCUUCAUAUGCAUGUAUAUUUGUACAUUGGCUGAAGAGGUUAAAAUAAAAGGUUGAAAACCACAGAGGUAGUAGGCAGACAUGUGAACUAUUUUGAAAAGGCGUGACUUAUAUCUUUAUCUGUGUUUUGUUUUAGAUGCUGCAGAUUCAGGUGAUAAUUUGAGCUUCUAAGAUGAAGCUGCAUAAUUUAGAGAAACUUACAAGGUAAGACAAAGCUGGGCAUAAAUUAAGGUGUUAAAUAUACAAGAUUCAAAGACUUUAUUGUCAAACACACAAAGCAGCAGGUUACACAUUACAAUGAAAUUCUUACUUCAUAGUCUGUUUACAUUACCGUUUAUAUUAAAAAGGAGAAAUAAAAUAACUAUCUGGAAUGGCACAGGUUAAGAAGUUUAAAAGCAAUUAAAUACAAAAUAAAACAAAUAUAUAAUAAUAAAGGUGUAUACUGAUUGUACAGGUUAAUACAGUUUGUUCAAUAAAGAGUGAACAGUGCAAAACUUGCUGUGUUAAAAGUCCUAUGUUUAUAGCAGCAUAACAGAAUAAUGUAACAGGGAAUAUAG